CCCUGGCCCCGAGGCGUUAUCGGAGGCGCCGCCCGCGCCCUAUAAUAGCUGGGCCGGCGUCUCCCCCUACCUCCAGAUUGGGCUACGACUCCGGCAGACAUGUUUCGCGCCUUGUUCAUCCUCGCUGUGGUGGCUGUCGCUCGCGCCUGCAAGCCCUGCACAUGCGGGGUGGCACGAGGCGCGCGGGUGGUCGGAGGCGUGGCCGUGACUCCGGGCGAGCUGCCGUGGCUGGCGGCGCUGGUGCGCGACGGGAAGGUCAUCUGUGGCGCCACCGUCGUCGCCCGGGACCACCUCAUCACCGCCACGCACUGUGUCCACGAAGUCGAAGCAUCCCGGCUGAGCGUUCUGGUGGGCGUGUACGACGUGAACAACACCCAUCAUUCCCCCGGCUACGAGGUGUCGCACGUGACGCAGCAUCCGGACUUCAACCGGUACAACUAUGAUAACGACAUCGCCGUGCUGCGGCUGGCUGAGCCGCUGCCUGACAACCUGUUCCGGCCAGCGUGUCUACCUGAUGAUGAGGAGGUGCUCGCAGGAGCAGACGCCAUUGUGUCCGGUUGGGGAAGCACUGUCGAAAAAGGACCAGCGUCCAACAUACCCAUGAAAGCAGAUGUGCAAAUCUGGACCCAGGAGGACUGCGCAGGCGCUGGGUAUGGUCGAGGCAAAGUGACUCCGCGAAUGCUAUGUGCCAAUGCCCCAGAACGCGACGCGUGCACUGGUGACUCAGGCGGUCCACUUCUUGUUUCGCAGCCGUAUUACACUAUUGUUGGGAUCGUCUCAUGGGGGCGAGGAUGUGCUAGACAAGGUUACCCAGGAGUGUAUGCUCGGGUAGACCGUUUCCUGCCCUGGCUGCGUGUUGCUCUACGCCAUGCUUGCACUUGUACAUCCCCUUUCUAAUACAUAAUACUGAGUCACAGAAAAUUAUUUUAGGUGUUAAAUACAUUGUUUAUUGGAGGAUACCUAAAUUCUGUCUAAUGGCAUCAAAAUGUUAAAAUUAAUAUGAAAUAUUGGGCACUGUAUGCAUACAAAGCUCUAAUAAGGCAUGUUAUAAAGUAUCAUGCUAAACUAAAACGGCUCUAGCUACUUCGAUUGCUAAUUAAUUACCGUCGCUACAGGCCCUUGACUUCUGAAGUCCACAUUAACAAUGAAUGGGAACUACUUUGGAUUGUGUCUGAUAAUGACUGACAAGUUUGUGACCAGCCAUGGGACAAUUUAAUCUUGCCAACGAAGUAGCCAAACAAUUUAACUCAGGAAUAUUGCUAAUCCAAACGCAAAGAGUUGUUAAGCCAAAGAGAGAAUAAAAAUAGCCAUGCCGUUAAGUAGGUACACAAACACAUUAAUAAAAUUAAAUUGUAUUUAGGUUUAUAAAUAGUACACAUUUCAGUAUUAAAAUUAAUACGUAUAAAAUAAUAAUAAUGUAGAUAUGUAGGUGUAGGAUACUUCAUAAAAUUAGUGAAAAUAAUUAGGUAAUUUUAAUAAUGUUAUUCCUACAAAAGUUACUAUUAGCAACUAUGGCUGUGAACUAAAAUUAGUCUGAUAAGUACAAUAAA